AUGGGAAUAAAAUUUGAAUUUUUCCGAUUUUUUAAAUUAAACUAUUAUUCAUUUUAUGUUAAAAAAGAAAAGAUAUAUACAUUUCUUCACACUACAACUGCAUAUUCCCUAGUUGGCUUGACUAUCUACUUAGGGUAUUCCUUUUUUAAUAUGUGGAAUGAAGCUGUGCAUUAUUCAUAUAAGCACUACGUAAGAAAAGAGAAACAAAGAAAAGAGUUAUAUGAAAAAAUUCGAACCGCACGAGACAUGGGCCUAAUCCCCCAUAGUGAAGUAUCCCGUUAA